GUGCGCGAAUUUACCGGCGUUUCGUCCCAUGUUUGAUAACUAUGGCUUCUGGGUCUAAGAAUGAAAUUGUCAAUAGAUUGUUGAAUGUGAGGGUAGAAGAGGCUGGGGGAGAAGAUUUACCCCCUCAAAACAUGCUACCUUCAAACCAACAAGCGAGGCAAAGUGGUAGAUCUGAGGAAGAGAUGGGGCACGCGAGUGAGCCCACACCUUCAUCAUCAGCCAUAGAAAAUUUGCCUAUACACAACACCGGAGGGCGUUUACACAAUUGGCAGGCGACGAAAACCACAGUAAAGGAACGCUUAUCAUUUCUAUUCAAUAAUGAAAUAUUGUCCGACGUACAUUUUAUCGUGGGCAAGGACGCAAAUCAGCAAGUGAUACCCGCGCACAAAUUCGUGUUAUCGGUAGGCAGUGCCGUGUUCGACGCGAUGUUCAACGGCGUGCUGGCCACGAAGUCGGAUGAGGUGGAACUGCCGGACGUGGAGCCUGCUGCUUUCCUUCAUUUACUCAAGUUCCUAUAUUCAGAUGAGGUUCGUAUUGGACCGGAGAGCGUCAUGACGACGUUGUACACGGCUAAGAAGUAUGCGGUCGCGGCUCUAGAGGAGCACUGUGUGGAUUUUUUAAAGAGCAACUUAGGUACAGACAAUGCAUUCCUUCUCUUAACUCAAGCAAGGCUGUUCGAUGAGCCACAGCUGGCUGCUCUGUGCUUGGAAAUGAUUGAUAAAAAUACAGCAGAUGCCGUUAAUGCUGAAGGAUUUACUGAUAUAGAUCAGGAUACUUUAAAUGCUGUGUUAGAAAGAGAUACACUGCGUAUAAGAGAAGCGAAAAUCUUCGCCGCAGUCCUCCGAUGGUCAGAAGCUGAAUGCAUUCGACGUCAACUGCCCGUUACUCCGAACAACCAAAGAAUGGUCCUCGGCAGAGCUUUCCACGCGAUACGCUUCCCACUAAUGUCGGUAGAAGAAUUUGCAAUGGGCCCUGCACAGAGCGGUUUACUUGAUGAUAGAGAGAUAGUCCAACUCUUUCUAUACUUUACAGUCAAUCCGAAACCGAACGUAGGCUUUCUGGAUACACCAAGGUGUUGUAUGACUGGUAAAGAGCUGACAGUGAACAGGUUUUCCCAAACAGAGUCACGCUGGGGAUACAGUGGGACAACAGAUAGAAUUAGGUUUACAGUCGAUCAGAGGAUUUUUGUGGUCGGUUUUGGAUUGUACGGCAGUUACUUUGGGCCGAGUGAAUAUGAAGUGCAUUUGCAGAUAAUACAUCUAGCAACAAAGAAAGUUUGUGGUUCGAAUACAACGACUUUCUGCUGCGACGGCACAGAUGACACCUUUAGAGCAAUGUUCAAGGAGCCUGUGGAGAUACUGCCCAAUACCUCUUAUAUUGCCAGUGCUAAAUUAAAGGGCACAGACUCAUACUACGGCACGAAGGGGCUUCGCCGUGUAACCGUCGACUGCAACAAUGGUGAAAAGGUCGCUUUCCAAUUCUCUUACGCGGCCGGCAACAACAACGGCACUUCCGUCGAGGACGGUCAAAUACCCGCCAUUAUAUUCUACAUUUAACACAUAAUCGGUUUCGCGGAACUUAUUCUGUGUGGACGGCUCGAGUUUUGUUCGUGAGGUUGGCAACACUGAGAGGUCGAAACGUCAAUGUCAAUGUGACUUUGACGUAUGGUUUGACAGUUGCAAAAUGGCGGGAUUCUGUGGUAGGUAAAUAAUGAAAAAUAUUGUGCUGAAUGCAGUCUUGGAUUUAAUUUGCUUUCUAUUUUAAGAAAAAUUAUAAAAUAAAGCAAUAGACUUGCCUUAAUUUUCAACUGAAUAAAGAAAAGAUAAAUAUCUAAAGGAUUUUAAAUAUAUUGUCUCUUGUGUAUUAAAUUUAAUAAACUUCCAAUAUUAGCCAUAUUCAUCAGAUAUUUGUUUUUAGGGUGUCUAAUAUCUAUGGUAACUUUGGAAUAGUAGAAUUUGGUGACCUUGAUUUUGGAAAUAAUAAUGCAUAGGUAUUAUGAGGAAUUUUGAAAAAUUUGCUUAAAGGCAUAUCUCAUUAGUCAUUGGUAAAAUAUUGUGGUUAUAGUAAAAUAGAGAAUAAAGCGUAGAAUUUCUAAUUAUCUAGGUUAUAGAAAUGUGAUGUUUUGAGCUACCUUAUAUAAUAUUGUUCCUAUAUGACUAAAUCUAUGAACAAAAUUUAUUCCUGGAACUACUACUACGAAUAUACUUGCAUAAAAUCAAAUAAUUAUUCUCAAUAAAGUAGAGAAUUUAAUCUAUUAUAAUGUUUACAAAUAUCUAUAUUCAUUAAAUAAUAAUCAAGUUCCCAUAUCUAUUAUAAUAUAUUUUACCAACUUAUUCUUCAACUUCCAAAAAAAUAUGAUAGUUUACUAAGUUUCCAAUUGGUAGCACAUGUAUUUGUGUAUUUUCUUUGUACUGUUCAUAUUUCCUUAUCCAUAAUAAUGCUUAUGGUGCAUAUAUUUUCUUCUCGAUUGUGGUCUGUAUGAUUUUUUGUACUUUAUUUUACUUCGAGUAAAUUUGCCACUCUUAUCUACUGUGUUUACUGCCACUGUUAUGUACUGUGUUAAAAAAAAUAUCAUAUGAGUUCUGUGUCAUUAAGGUAGGAUAGGGUCUAAAUUAAUAAUGUAUCGAUGUUUUGAUCAGAUUUGAUUAACAAUAUUGCAAACUUUUUAUGUCGAAUAACUUAUUGAUUAUGACAUAUUAUCACUAAGGGCUGCAUUGUAGAAACAAAAUAUCACAAUGAAAUUAUUUCCAUCUCUUUCUCUCAUCAUGCUAUCUCAACGUCACGAACAAAACGCUUAAUUCUCGUAUUAGACCUAACUGUGAUAGACAUUUAAAUUGUGUGUGAAUUUAUUUUUUUAGCUCAAUUGUGUAUCUACCGCCAAAUGGGUUUCUUGUAUAGUCUGUGAUAAACUUUAUGGACGAAAAAUCUACCUAUUUUGGUUUGUGGUAAUAUUUUUUUAAAACAUAAUGCUGGUAUUAUAUGAGUUACGUUGAUUUUUUGGUAAAAGAAAUUUAUAAUUAUUUAAUUUAUUCGAAUGUGGUUGGUGAUCAGAAAAAAAAUAAGUAAGGGUUAAUUUUUUAAGAAAAUUACUUCCUGUUAUCAUUGUGCAUUUAAUACAUUAAAAUAAGUAUGUAUUGGCGAAACUAUUAAUGUAUUGAAUGCGCUAUAGCUGACGUGAAUACUCGGUUUUAUUUUUUAACUAAAGCCGCUAUAAAAUUUGUCACAGACUACAAUAAAGGCUUUGUAAAACAGAUAUUCCUUCAACCAACUCAAUCUCAUUCUGUUUGUCAGAGCCUAAAAAAUACUAACGAAUAUCUACUAAUGUAUUGUUAUUUUAAAAUAAUUGUAAUAUAGAACUGUAAAUAUGUUCCUCCUCUAGAUGAAAGAUAAUUAUAUCAAUAUUGUCUUUCAGUAAACAUAUUUUUGUAAAAAAUGUAAUCCCUUUCCUUCGACGCUUAAAUUUGAGUUUAUCGUUAAACAUAAACACAAAAUUAAGCAUCGUUUGAGUUUGUAAUUAUUUAAUAGGGUCGUAUUAGCGUUGUGUGCUUAGAUAUUUACCCUUUUUGAGACACUACUCGAAUUAUGGAAUAACCACGUUUUGCAUGGUUAGCGCCAAAUAGUUUGGAUGGCUCUGAAGUUUGAUACGAAAGAAAACUUUAGAAUUUCAAAUAUACAUCGUUGUCGCGUAUUCUGUGAUGCGUUACCAUAGCAACGCUGAUGCGUGGGCGCGUUGUGUUCAUGAGCAGCCGCCAUCUUGAAUCUAGUUUUGGCGCAUAUCAUCUAAAUAACCCACAUUUACGCAUAAUAAAAUGUAAUCUUGUCACAAAACGCUAAUAAUAAGACCUCAUUUUAAACUAUUUCGGGUGGCAUACUGUGGUCACGAUAAAUAGAAGUGAAUAUGUAAUCCCACCAUUUCCGUGAUAAAUUCAAAAUAAAAAUAUAUUCGAUGAAUAAAUCAUAA